UCAGCAGUAGAUUUCAGAAGGGAUUGGAGGAAAACAAGAGGGGGAGAGAAUGUGACAACUGCCGACUCUGGCUGCUGCCUUGGGGAGGCCUCCCGCACCUGUCUCUGCCUGUCUCUUGGCCAGCACUGUUGUUGAAUCAGACAAGCAGAGAAACAUUCUUAUUUGCCAGAGCAGAACGGCGUGCAGCAGCAAGAACAUGACUUCUUCAUUCAAGCUGGAUUUUCUUCCUGAUAUGAUGGUCGAUAGCCGUUUGCUAGUUUCUGACAGAAUAAACGUGGAUCCUAGGGACCCUAUCAUUCUCCAAUGUACAGGGGCAAGUAACGGAACAACCAGCAAGAUGAAUGGAGCUUUGGAUCACUCAGACCAGCCAGACCCAGAUUCCAUUAAGAUGUUUGUUGGUCAAAUCCCACGUUCAUGGUCAGAAAAAGAACUUAAAGAUCUUUUUGAGCCUUACGGAGCUGUCUAUCAGAUCAAUGUCCUCCGAGACAGGAGUCAAAAUCCUCCCCAAAGUAAAGGUUGUUGUUUCGUAACAUUUUAUACAAGAAAAGCUGCACUGGAAGCACAGAACGCAUUGCACAAUAUUAAAACUUUACCUGGGAUGCAUCAUCCUAUUCAGAUGAAACCUGCAGACAGUGAAAAGUCCAACGCCGUGGAAGACAGAAAAUUGUUCAUAGGAAUGGUUUCGAAGAAGUGUAACGAGAAUGAUAUCAGGGCGAUGUUUUCUCCAUUUGGCCAGAUAGAAGAAUGCCGAAUCCUACGGGGACCUGAUGGACUAAGUCGAGUGCCCAGCAGCAAUAUGGAAUCUAGCAGAGGCUGUGCGUUUGUUACAUUUUCUACAAGGGCAAUGGCACAGAAUGCAAUCAAAGCCAUGCACCAGUCUCAGACCAUGGAGGGCUGCUCUUCACCUAUAGUGGUGAAAUUUGCCGAUACCCAAAAAGAUAAGGAGCAGAGACGCCUGCAACAGCAAUUAGCACAGCAAAUGCAACAGCUUAAUACUGCCACCUGGGGGAACCUCACUGGCCUUGGCGGACUGACACCACAAUAUUUGGCACUCCUGCAGCAAGCCGCCUCCUCCAGUAACCUGGGCGCAUUUAGCGGCAUUCAGCAAAUGGCUGGCAUGAAUGCUUUGCAAUUACAGAAUUUGGCUACUUUAGCAGCUGCAGCAGCCGCAGCCCAAACCUCAGCUACCACCACCAAUGCAAAUCCUCUCUCUACAACGACUAGUGCACUGGGAGCGCUAACAAGCCCGGUGGCCGGAUCAACAGCUAACACCUCUGCUGGAGCAGCUAUGAAUUCCUUGACCUCUCUGGGCACUCUACAGGGAUUGGCGGGCGCCACCGUGGGAUUGAAUAAUAUUAAUGCACUUGCAGGUACCGUAAACAUUGCUCAAAUGCUCUCAGGUAUGGCUGCUCUGAACGGAGGACUUGGUGCGACCGGCUUGACGAACGGGACUGCUGGCACAAUGGAUGCUCUCACGCAGGCCUACUCAGGAAUACAGCAGUAUGCAGCUGCAGCACUGCCAACACUGUACAGUCAGAGUCUGCUACAACAACAGAGCGCUGCAGGCAGCCAGAAAGAAGGCCUCCUUUUUUCUUCCUCUCAAGGUCCGGAAGGAGCAAAUCUCUUUAUUUAUCACCUCCCUCAAGAGUUUGGUGACCAGGACAUUCUUCAGAUGUUCAUGCCUUUUGGAAAUGUUAUUUCUGCUAAAGUCUUCAUUGACAAACAGACCAAUCUGAGCAAGUGCUUUGGCUUUGUUAGCUACGACAAUCCAGUUUCUGCGCAAGCUGCAAUUCAGGCGAUGAACGGCUUUCAGAUCGGCAUGAAACGCUUGAAAGUUCAACUGAAACGCUCCAAAAACGACAGUAAACCAUACUGAUCUUAGCCCUAGAAGUUUCCUGCUCUUAAUUUAGCUUUUUUAGGAACAUCUCCAUGCCUGUUAGUUCACCGUUUGCCUAGCAUGUCCCUGUGGCGUCUAUAAAAAAAAAAGUUUCAUCGUCCCGUCAUUGUUUCUGAUGUCUUUCUGACCUCACAUCAUAUUCGGUCCUCCAACUGAUUUAGUUUGACCUCUGAAAUUUGCAUGUGAUCUCAUCUAGCUAUGAAUUCUGGAGAAAAAAAAACAUAGUCAAUGUGAAAUUCAUGCAAGACUGAAAUUUAAUAUCGAGCAGAUUAUAGAGCAAAAAAAAAAAGAUAAAAAAAAAACCUGUGGCAAAAAAAGUUUAUUUUUUCUUUUGAAUUUUUGUUUCAUAACGUAAACAGACUUGAAAGUAUUAUACAGGGAUUAGCAUUCUGUCUGGUCACUGUUACCUAAAGCAAUAUGUGUCCAGAAACUCAGAAUGUUAGUUUCUAAAUGAAGCAGAUAACUUCCAAAACAGUUUGAGAAAACUGUCUGAUUUUAAGUAUCUAGAGCUCUGUAAUAGUUUUUACAUUUUUCAGGCAGUGUAAAGUUUUUUGAUAAGGCCAUUUUAGGUGGCUCACUUUCUCAUUAAAUUAUAUAUAUAGAAACCACUUUUUUGUAGAUUAGUAUAAAAAAUAUUUACCCUGUUUUGGGGCAAAUGCUACCUAGUUCUGUCACCUUUUGCUGAACUGACUCACAGUUAGACAAUCCAUGGUUUAAUGCACAUGAAAUUACCUAUAUUUUAUACUGUUUAAAUGUACAGAAAAGAAGGUAAAUGUAUACUGUGUCACGUUGGUGCUUCUGUGAAUUUAGUUGUGGCUUCAUUAAGUCUUAAAAGUCUUCAAUGUUCUAUGUUUAAGAAAUUUGAAAAAAAAAUUGGUUUACUUGAACUAAAAAUAGUUUUCAGAAAAACAAAAACGUCUGUUUGCUACAAUUUCAUGUGAAAAACAAUUCCAUGAAAAACAAAAAAAAAAGUUUUGUGUUGGCUUGUAAAGCAUUUGAUGUUAUAAUUUUUUAUUGUGGGGAAACUUAGAUGUGUUUGUGUUCAGCAAAAUGUGACCUGUUUUUUUUCUUCUAAAGAAAAAAAAUUCAGUGAAAAUACAGUGCCAAAUUCCAAAGGUACUUCUUGCCUAAAGCUUCAGUGUAUUUCGUGUAUGAAGUAAUUUGAUAACAUGGGUAUUUUAUUAUGUGUUUUGUAUAAAUCCCUUCUAUUUAAAAAAGAGAGGUUACAAAAGUUUGUUAACUUGCUAUCCUGUGGUCUUGUUGCCUGAAAUUGUUCUCGUUUGUUUUUUCUCUUUGAUGUUUUUGGUAAAACAUUGUAUACAGUAAGUACCCAUGUUCCACUUUUUUAACCACUCUGCACAUCAAUGCUGUGAAAGCAAACCUCACAAUUGUACUUACUUCAUGGUCUGUGGAUAUCUCACAGUGAGGGAGUGUUGAACAGCUGUUCUUUUAAGCAUGUUGUCCUUUUGAAUCAGGGUACCUAAAGCACAUACAUUAUACACAUGUUAGAGAAAGCACACACACGCAGUAUCUUAAGGCUAGUUCCCUUAUGUUCUGCUAAACUAAAAGUAUGGGCUACACAGUGAUCAUAAAUACACAAAUAUGAACAUGUGUUCAUUAGUCUACAUUUUUUCCCAACAGCAGCAAAAUAUAUACAAUGUAUGCUAAAGGACGAAAAAGUUGACUUAAAAUUCCCAUAGAUGAUCUAGUUCAUUUGGUCAAUGUGAAAUCCUUCCAUAUUUGGAUUUGCACCUUUUGCAAUGAAAAUCAUGAGUGGCAUUUAAUCUUAAACUGGAGGAAUUCUGAAUAUCUGUAAUAUCAAUAUGUAAUUUGUUUAAUAUAUAUUUAUAUACAUAUUAUAUCCUAUUUGUCCCUAGAUUUAUGUUAAGCCUCCUGCGUCCGUCCUUAAUUAUUUGAUGACUAUUUUAUAAAACAUAUGAACAAAAGCUAUGGAAAAUGUUGAAAAUAUUUUUGUUCUUAAGACUUUACAUGAAAUUGACUAAACUUUCUAUAUUUGUAAGAUCUUAUAAUGGAUAAGUUUAAUAUAUGUAAUAUAGUUAUAUAGUUAAUAUAGAUUUCUGAUGGUAUAGGGUUGAUUUCUUUAUAUAUGUCACGUCACAUUGUGUGUUGCAUUGAAUAAAACAUUUAUAUAGUAUAAUUUGCAAUAUAUUUGAUCAGAGUAUAAAAAAAAUCAAGAUUUAAAAUUUCUGUUUACAAAUGUAAAGCAGUUAAAACACAAUAAUGAAACCCCUCCUCAUUUUAAUCACUUAAUAUUUUCAGUGGGACAUACACAAUCAUUUUGAAAGUUUUCGUCUGCAUUUUGAUUGGUUGGAGCACAAGUUGUGCACUAAAUGGACACUGCUUAAAGGACUAGUGUGUUCAACUUUUUUCACUGUGGGAUUCUAGUUUUUUGGCUUGUACAACUCUGAAGUCAUUUUAAUUGUUCUGUUUUUAUUAUCUCAAGUGCUAAAUAAGAAAAAAAAAACGUAGUUUCAUGACAGUUUUUUAACUACAUCAUACAAAAGAAAUGUAUUUGUGUUUAUUUUUUGUGCUGUGAGAAUUGUUGUUUGUAGAUUAAAUAAUAACUCAUUUUGUUUAAAUUUACAAAUAGUUUUUUUUUUUAGUAUUGUCUGAGAAAAGCCAAAGUUCAUGCAAUUUUAGUGGAAACUGUAAGAUCAUUUAAGUAUUGUUUCUGUUCUAUUGAUGCUUUUUGGUUCUGUUGUGUGAUGGAAUUUGAGCCAAAAAAAAUACCAGGCUUUCCUAUUUCUACAAACUGAUUGUACUUAUGAAUUUUGUACCAGUGCAACAUUUUAUACUGGAGAUUAAAAAACAAACAAACGGAAAAGUUGUGGCUUACUCUUGAAGGCCCCUGUUAUGACUGAUUUUGAGUUUGAUUUCUGACUGGUAUAAAGAAUAUUGGUUUUACUUUGAACAAUUAAAAAAAAAAAACUUUGGCUUGCUUUUUUAUUUUUUUCCUUUGCUUAUAUCUUGCCUUUAGAAUUAUGUCAAAACAAAAGCGGUAAGUUUCACUUUUUAUUAUGUAUUGUGCAGUUACACAAUAAGGUAAUUAGAUUUAGACGUACACAGUCACUUUAACUGGAUAAAUGUAUUAGUUAAAAACAUAAAAAAAUAGGAGUUUGAGUUUUUUGCUGUUUAGAUCAAAUUUUUUCCUAAUCUUCUGUCUUCAUUGUGAACAUAACUGUGUAGUUAAAACAGUCAAACUUAUUUUUGUAACGUAUGUUAUUGUGUGAUGCAGUUUUUUGCUUCUGUCUCCAAUAUUAAACCAUUUUCCUAA